CGGUGCAUGCGACACCCUCGUUCCCUUCCAUUGUCAAUAGAAUAGAAUAGAAUUGCCUCAACGCUGCCUUAUACCUUUCGCUACCUCCCAGGAUGAUCUCGUUACUUUUGUGACCUCUACUGUCUACACUCCACUUCUUUCUUCUCUCCAAAUUGCACAAACGAAAUCAACAGGCACCCUUGAGAUUGCCACAGCAUGAAAGUACAGUUGUACGUCUACGACCUUUCCAAUGGACUGGCGCGCCAACUGUCUGCCGCAUUCAUCGGCAUCCAGAUCGAUGCCAUAUACCACACCUCGAUUGUUAUGGAAGGCAUAGAAUAUGUCUAUGAUGGAGGUAUCAGGACCGCAGAUCCAGGUCGAACCCAUCUGGGAGGUCCAAUGCAAAUAUUAGAACUCGGAACGACUAACCUUCCGAUGGAUGUGAUAAUGGAGUAUCUAGAGUCGUUACGGGAGAUUUACACUGAGGGGGCUUAUGACCUAUGGUCUCACAAUUGCAACAAUUUCUCCAACGACUUCUCGACCUUCUUAAUCGGCCAUGGGAUUCCUGAGCACAUUGCCAAUCUUCCCCAGACUGUUCUUAACACACCGCUUGGUCGGGUGAUACAACCACAAAUCAACGAGAUGGUACGGCGUAGACAGAAUAAGAAUACCAAUGGUGGACUUCUCGGCAUACAAGACCAAGCAAACGUUCCUCAAACCCAGCAGCAACGAGCAUCGACUGUGCGCGAAGCUCCCUCAAUCGUCGCGCUAGAUAAAAUUCUCAAAGAAGCCGAGAACUCUUGCGCUGUGGUCUUCUUUACGUCUUCAUCUUGCGCACCCUGCAAGAAAUUAUACCCAGUCUAUGAUGAGAUGGCAGAGGAAGCAGCUCACAAGGCUGUUCUUAUCAAGGUGGACGUAUCGAAGGCAUUUGAUGUGGGUACAAAAUACAACAUCAGAUCUACGCCGACGUUCAUGACGUUCCUUCGCGGUAAGGAAGAGUAUAGGUGGUCAGGCUCUAAUCCUUCCGAAUUAAAAGGCAACGUCAACAUGCUCAUGCAGAUGGCUUGGCCUUCGCAUCCACACGAAUCUCUAUCUCUACCAGCAUUGCGUGGUGCUAGCACAAAAUCGGUUCUAUUCAGCAAGUUGCCUCCAUUGGAGAAGCUGAAAGCGAAAAUGGGACCGUCAGCGCAAGACCCGGGCAUUGCUGGAGUGCUACGCUUCGUGGCUGCGCGCGCAGAGGAUGGAGCAGCAGAAACCACUCUUCCAGAUCUUGAUGCAUUCAGUCACUCCUUACGCUCGGCUUCCUCAACACUGCCUCCAGAAAUUAUGUUUACCAUUGUCGAUCUUGUGCGAACUGCCCUCGUCGACCCUCGAUUCAGCGGCUACUACGCAGAAGAGAAAGACCAUAUGACUAUCGCCCCUCUCAUAUCAUAUGUCAACUCCCUGAAAGAUUGCCCUUACUCUCUCCGCCUCGUUGCGUUGCAAAUGUCCUGCAAUCUUUUCACGAGUCCACUCUACCCAACACAUAUUCUCAACUGUCCUACGAUGACUGGCCCAAUUGUACAACUCAUCACCACGAGUCUGCUAGACGACAAACACCACAAUGUCCGAGUCGCAGCUGCAAGUCUCGCCUUUAAUAUCGCGACAGCGAACAGCAAACUCCGCAGCGAAGAACACCUAGAAUCACUCCCUGAAGGAGAUCAGGUGGAGCUUGGCGCAUCACUAUUAGAGGCCAUCAGUGCAGAAGAGGACUCUCCAGAAGCCAUGAAAGGCUUUCUGCUUGCAUUUGGAUAUCUUGUUUACUGCGCCCCGAAGAAUGGUGAGCUGGAAGAUUUACUAAAGAGCAUGGAUGCGCAAGGUACUGUACUCGGGAAGCAGAAGCUGUUUCCGAAUGAGUCCCUCAUAAAGGAUAUUGGCAGCGUGUUGCUUGGAAAGGGCUUUGCUUAGACUUCUUACCAUAGAUUAGAAGUGAUAAAUGCGUUGCAGUCGAUGUUUCUGUAUCCUCGUUGGUGAAACAAUGCUCUAUUUCAUGACGGGGGCGCUGACUGGAAUUUGUUUUCUUCGCUUACAAAUCCUCGCUUAAAUAGGGGGUGUUUGCACGUACCAAAGUUCAAAAUUUAGAAUUAUUUGAAGGAAUGGCCAGCCAGUGAUGGGGAUUUGUAUUCGGGUACGUAAGAGCAUUGGUCGAAGUUAUUUGUGGGUAGUUGGCAAUUAAUGCAGAUAUGACGGGCAAUGUGCCAUUUUUGAAGGUAUUUCAAAUUUGCUGGCCAACGGAAGUCUAAGAGUCGAUUCACUAGCAUGAGGCUGAAGGGGCACAAGAAACCAAAGAAAUUUAAUCACUUCUGGU